AUGCCUGUCGAAAUCAAACGACGUAAAAUUGCAGUUCUAGGAGCUCGGUCUGUCAAGCAAUUCGUGGAAAAACAAUUCAUCGACUCUUAUUACCCAACCAUUGAGCGCGCAUAUGUCAAAAGCAUUGCACACAAAGGUUAUGAAUAUGUUCUUGAAAUCUUUGAUACCGCUGGUCAGGAUGAAUUUUCACCACUCAAAGCGCAGUAUGCUAUUGGCAUCCACGGCUACGUGCUCGUAUAUUCCAUUGCCUCAAGGGAUAGCUUUGAAAUGGUACAAAUCUUGCGUGAUAAAAUCAUCGACUACUGUGGGGUAAUGGAUAUUCCGUGUGUAAUUGUCGGUGCAAAAUCGGACCUUCACUCAAGUCGCCAAGUGCAAACAUCGGAGCUCGAGAAGGUCGCUGAAGUAAAUAAUGCUGCAUGCGUUGAAACUAGUGCAAAAGACGAUAUCAAUGUCGGCCGUGUAUUUCAGCUCUGCGUCCAAGAGAUCGAGCGACGUCUGCCUAGCAAUCAAACCGUACCUCCAGCCAAUCGAUGCUUAUUACAAUAA